AUGAAGCAAGUCCAGCGCAGCUACGACACCCCGGGCUUUGCCGAAUUCUAUGAGCACUUGCUCCACAGCCUGCCACCGGAAUACGAGCCCGGGAGGGACCUGGACGUCUACUGGCCGCUGCUGGAGCAGACGCUGCAGGGGGCGGCAGGCGUGGCGGACGUGUGCACUGGCGUGGCGGCAGGCGUGGCGGUGCUCGACUUGUGCACCGGCAGCGGCCGUGUGCUGCUGGGCCUGCUUCAGCGGCUGGCCAGCAGCGCGGCGGCGCAGGCAGCGAGCGCUGGGGGCCUGCAGCUGCGCCUGGCCGGGGUGGACAGCAGCGAGGAGAUGCUGGCGGCCGCUCGCGGCCAGCUGGCGGCCGCCCGCGCCCCGCCACCGCCCUGGUGCCGCGUGGAGUGGCACCGCGCCGAUGUGGCGGCGCUGGGCGCGCCGCAGCUGGCGGCCCUGCAGCUGGCGGGCGCCUGCCGCCUGGUGCUCAUCUCGGCGGGCAGCUUCCACCACCUGCUGUCGGCAGCCGACCAGCUGGCGUGCCUGCGGGGCGUGGCGGCGGCGCUGUCCCCGGCCGGCCCCUCCUGGGCUGUGCUCAACAUCUUUGAUCCCGGCCACCUCCAGGCCUCUCCGGGAGAGGCCGCGGUGCUGGGGCCCUUCCGCCGCACCUGCGUGCGGCAGGAGGCGGAGGCGCAGCCCGACGGCGGCCGCGUCUGGCGGCAGCGGUUCCAGCUCGAGCGAUACGCCUCGCCGGCGGCGGCGGCGGCUGGCGACGCGCAGCAGCUGAGCUGGCGGCGGCAGGAGGAGUGGGCCCUGCGGGAGGUGGCCCCCCACCAGCUGCGCCAGCUGGCGGCGCAGGCGGGGCUGGCGGUGGUGCGGCAGCAGGCGAGGUGGGGCGACACGUGCGGGGCAGGGGCGGCGCCGCCGUGCGCCGACGCCGAUGCCCGCAUCUUUGUGCUGGGGCUGCAGCCGCGCAGCCAGCAGCCACAGCAGCAGCCGCGGCGGGCCAGCAGCCGCCUGGCACAGCUGCGCGAGGCGCCCGCCCCGCGCCGGUCCCGGCUCAGCGAGGCGCCACUGCUGGGGCGGCGCAUCGAGGUGCUGUGGAUGGAUGGGCGGUGGUACGAGGCCACAGUGGAUGAUGAGCUGGACAGCGGCCUGCACUGGCUGGUGUUUGCGGAGGACGGCCAUCGCAUGCGGGCAGACAUGCGCAAGUUCCGCCACCGGCUGCUGCUCAGCAGCGACAGCAGCGGGGAGGAGGAGGAGGCUCCAGGCGACGGCCAGGGCGGGCCGGCCCAGCAGCAGGCGCCCGCGCCGCCCGCCGCGGGUGGCGCUGCAGGGGCGGCGGCGGAGGUGCCGGCGGCCACGUGGUGGCAGAAGGCGGUGCUGGGUGGCCGGCAGCAGGCUCAGCGUGGGGUGCGGGAUUGCGGCGCGCAGCAGCCCAGCCGCCUGGCCGCUCGGCAGUGGGGCGGGGAGCUGGUGGGCAGGCGGGUGGCUGUGUACUGGCCUGAGGACGGCCAGUGGUACAGCGGCUUCGUGGCCGACUUCUCCUCAGCUUCCAAGCGCCACUUUGUGCUGUAUGGCGACGGCGACGAGGAGCUGCUGCUGCUGCACCAGGAGAGGGUCGAACUGCUGGAAGAUGCACAGGAGCCUGCUCGGGGCGGCUGCGCCGGCCGGGGCAUGGAGGAGCAGCAGGGCGGCGGCGGCAGCAGAGGCGAGGACGGCGGGCCUUCGGGCGAGCCUCCACGCAAGCGCCGGCGGGGGCACGCGGGGGCGGCAGCGCCUGCGCCAGCGGCAGGAGCACGCGGCGGGCGGGAGGCACCGCCGCCGGCUGGAGUGCAGCAGCAGCGCUCCAUCCAGCAGCAGCAGCAGCAGGGAGGUGGAAUGCCAGCGGACUCGCGGCAGCAGCCACCCGAGCUGCGUGAGCAGCAGCAGGCGCCGGCUGGCGGCGCCGGCGCCACCAGGGCAGCUGCCGGCGUGGCGGCAGCCACCCUGCGAGGCAGCUUUCUGGAGGCUCUGCGGCGGGCGGCAGCGGCGGGGGGCGACUACAGAGCGGCCGGGCGGCAGCUUGGGCGGGACCUGCCUUUGCUGGCGGGAGCGGCAGCGGCUGAUCUGCGGGAGCUGCUGGCGGGGUUGCAAGAGGGGUAUCUGGAGGCAGUACCGGCAUGA